GACAUUAUUCUGGAGAGUUAUUUUGGCGCGAAGUCAUUAAGGUUAUGAUCUGAUUUCAUAGAAAAAUAUUCAAUCAUUUUUAUUCAUUCUGAUAGACUUCCAGUAUUUCAACCAAAAAAAAAGGUUUCAAAGUCAAAUUAGAAAUGACAAUAUUUCAAAAGUGAUUUUCACUAGGUACUCAUUCUUAUGUCUGCAAAAUCUGCCGGCCAGUCUAUCCAAGCAAGACGUGAAGGAAUUUAUUGGACAGUUAAACAUAUAAAGGGACAUCAUUGUAAUCUAGUUGAAGAAGUAGAUCCGGUAGCCAGAUUUGUUAAGUCGGGAUGGUUCGUACCGUUACGAAGAUCUUGGAAAAAAUUCGUUACCAUAAGUGAGAAAAAUCCAGUAACCAAAAUCCACAUGAAAUCCACUUAUAACAUCCGAGUUGAAAAUAUGAGGCAUCUGGAGAAGUAUUACUGCAUGAUACAUCCAUUCAGUGAAGGCCGAUUUUUCUGGGAUACUAUAAUGUCUAUAGUCUAUAUCGUCCAAUUGGAAUCUGUGCCUAUACUCAUCAUAGCUUCUGAACAAUUAACAGCUGCACCUCACAACUGGUAUAUAUUUCUGAUUUUAUUGAAUGUUUUGUGUAUGGCAGACAUGGUGAUAUCAUUUUUCUGUGGUUAUUACGAUGAAAUGAACCAGUAUAUAGUUUUUGGAGCAUCCAACGUAGCCAAAAAAUACAUUUGCAGUUAUUUUUUCUUCGAUUUGUUAUCAGUAUUCCAAAUAAACCACAUUGCUGCAUUUACUGGAUUGUACAAGCAGAGGGGUUAUUACAACGUCCAAUGGCUCUUCAGAUUCGCCAGAAUGAAAACAAUUUUAGAUUACUCUGAUAAAUACGGAAUACGAUGGAAUUUGCCAACAUACAUUUUUAGAACGAUAGCAUAUACAAAUAUAUGGAUCAUAAUUUUCCUAUGGUCCUUGUAUUUGAUAAUAGUGGUGAGGUAUUCGGAUAUUGACGGUCCCGUAGACAAUUCUUUUCGAGCAAUUAUAGUGAUGGUGUUCGAAAUGGUUCAAACCAUAUUCCUGGUCAGAGUACCAAAAGCUGUAUCUGAUGGACCUUGGUACAAAAUGUCAGUUUACCUUGUGUUAUUGUUUAGUGGACUUUUCCUUAAAAUGUUCAUUGCAGCACAAAUCUUACAAAUAUAUAUUUGCCGAAAUAUUUCAAAAAACAAGUACAGUCACCUGAUGAAUCAAAUUGAAGCAUACACAAGAUUCAAGCAAGUACCUCCUGAAGUGAGCAAACGAAUAAAGAGUUACAUAGAAUUCAAAUUUCAAAAGACUGUUUUCAAGGAGAAAUUGAUAUUGGAGAGUAUAUCUAAUUCGUUGAGAAAUGAAAUUGUUUGGCACCUUUGUCAAAACUUCAUCACAAGGGUUGAGAUAUUUAAGGAUAUGCCUCCAAAUGUGAUGAUGAAGAUAGUGAUGUUGCUGAAACAAGAAAUUUACCUCCCCAACGAUGUUGUUGUACAAACGGGAGAACUUGGUACAGAGAUGUUCUUCAUUUAUGUUGGAGUUUUAGCUGUAUACACACCCACUGGAAAAGAGAUAUGCCACCUGACAGAUGGUGAUCACUUUGGUGAAAUAGCACUUUUACUUAAUGAAACAAGAGUGGCAAGUUGUGUAGCCAUUGAUUUUUGUGAAUUAUAUCGCCUCACCAAAAGGGACUUCAAUGAAGCUCUAGAGUCUUAUCCUGCUGCUAAAUUAAGAAUAUUACAAUUGGGACAAGAUCGUUUCAAACAAACUGAAAAAAUUAUUCAAGCCACAAAUGAAGAACAGUUUGAAGAAGAAUUAAUGGAACAAUAAAUGCACACCUUUUUAUUUUAGUAAGAUUUUUGAAUCGAUAAGUUGCAAAAAUUGAAUAUUAUGCAUUUCAGUCAUGAUUCAGUUUAGUUUUGUGUUUGAUGAAAAAAUUGGAUAGGAAAAAAUUUUUUUUCUUUCCAUUAUGUUGCAGGAAGGGUAAAAUUGCAAAUAAUUUACUUUAUGUGGUGAAAUAAAAAUUUUAAUUGUGCAGAAAA